UCCGCGCCUCCGCAUGCGCGUAUGCGAAACAAUCGGUGCAUGCAGUUAUUAUGGCCCUCGCUGCUGCAGCUCUCCCACGUGGUUUCCGAAAUCCCACUGCUGGCCUCAUACUAUCGAGCGGCGGAAUAUGCAGUCGGAGCUCGUCGACAGCCAGCGGAAAGAUCUACGAGAUGCGCCGCUACGAAGUGAAACCGGACAAAUACGCGGAGUUCAUUCGACACGGAGAGAAAAAGUACGCAGAGCUGAUGAUGCCUCACGGGAAGCUGUUGGGCUACUGGGCUUCUAGCUUGGGAUCUCUGAACGAGGUGUACCAUCUGUGGGAGUACGAGAACUACGCUCACAGAGACGAAGUAGUAAGGGCGAAGAGAAGUGAUAAAAGAGCAGUAGAAGAAUACCUGAGUUUUGCUCUGACUUGCCUAGUUUACCAGAAUCAUACCAUUAUGAAGGCAUUUGACUGGUACACACCAAAGCUAGACACACCACAGAAUUGGGGUGUGUAUGAGCUGGUUACUCAUACAGUCAAGCCAGGAACGAUGCCGCAGUUGGAGCAUAGAGUAUUACAGGGUCUCCCCGCGAGAUUAGCCGAAGACUACCCCCACCCGCUGGCCAUUUGGUAUUCUGUAUUUGGAAACACCAGCCUAUUUGUUAGCCUCUGGCCUCACGAGUCAUUUGACAAGAGACAUGAGCACCGAGAGGACCUUUUCAAGAACAAUGAAGAUUGGAGAGAGACAGCUCGUGACACAUCCAAGUUUUUCGAUGCAAUCGAUGUGAAGGGCCUUAUCCCCCUUCCCUGGUCUCCUCUCCAGUGAAUCUUGACUCUCAAGAAAUUCAGUUUAUGAUCUUUAUGGAAGAGUAGUCAUUACGAAAUACCCGAACUGCCGCAAUUAUAUAUAAACUAAAAAAACAGUCAGUCACAAGAACGAUAAACUCACACCACACCGUGGGUGAUGUCUUGGGACAACUUCCUAACUCUUUCCACAGUGGGUAAUACUAAUCACAUAGAGAAAUGGCACAAAAUAAUCAGCUGAAUAAAACACUAAUCUGAAUAAAACACUUAUCUAAAUCGAUACUAUAUAGGAAGGCCGUGAUCAUUACGUCUUAUUCAACGUUUUUGGUGUCACAAUACCCUGCCCUAGUCUGUGAGGGUCCCGCUGGGCCAGUGUCCUGAGAAUCUUGGCAAUGUUCCUGCUGUCAUCGAUGCCACUGUGGUGUCUCCCGUCC